CGAGACCCGGGAAAUAAGUCACGCCUGAUCCCUGCGGCAGCCCACAGAGCAAGAACGAGGCCAGAUUUACAUAUUCACCCCAAAGGGUUUAAAUGCGUGGGUGAGCUCGAGGUGAAGUGUGUCUCACCGCGACGGCUUUGGUAACCUCAGGAGUACCGAAAAAGCAUUGGCCAGUGUCGUGUUGUCUCGCGCUCGCGCCUUGUUGAACACCAGCAUUCCUGCAACAGCUUAGCAGACGCAGAAGGAGAUACGACCCAAGCAGUGAUGCCAUCCAAUAAGUAUUCCUCCGCUAUCAUGGCAGAAAGCGACAAGAUGACAGCCACGGCUGCUGUAAAUGGUGACAUGUCCACAGUGGAGGGUUUGUCAGAGAACGACAGCGGACUAGAGAUGACCAACGAGAACAGCCCCUUAACCGGGGCGGAACCGCCUUCGCCGUUUAGCCCUAAUCAGAAUGGGGGUGCAGCGUCACCUGCAGAUGAGAGUGUGAACAGCUUGAGAAGGAAGAGAUCUCGGAAGCCUUCCGAAACAGAUUACGAGAGUGUCUGGGACUCAUGCAGUGAGGAAAAAUCUGACCUGGGUUCAGACUGUGGUUCGACAAUCCACAAACGGAAACCUCGUCCCAGGACCAUCUUCCAGGCUGGACUUACAGCUCAGACGAAACCCCGUAACAGAGAGAGGGGCCAGGGCAAGCCAGAGCCCAGCAGUCUGGGUCCUAGUCUUCCUGAAGGCCCCCAGCUGGAGCUGAUGGAGCAGGACUCUAAAGACUCAGCUCAAAGCAGCGCUACAUCCACCUCCACUACGGACACAGCCAGCCACCCUGAAUACAAUGACAAUAAGGGAUUUGGAAUCGGGGAGCUGGUGUGGGGUAAAAUUAAGGGUUUCUCCUGGUGGCCUGGUAUGGUGGUGACCUGGCGAGCCACAGGGAAGAGACAGGCCUCGCAUGGCAUGCGCUGGCUCCAGUGGUUUGGUGAUGGCAAGUUUUCUGAGGUGUCUGCCGACAAACUGGAUUCCAUCACAGCCUUCUCAAAAUUCUUUAAUCAGUCCUCUUACACCAAGCUGGCUUCCUACCGCAGAGCCAUAUUCCAGGCCCUUGAGAUGGCUAGCAUACGUGCCGAGAAGACGUUUCCUCUGUGCGAAUCGGAUAAUCCGGAGGACCAGGUGAAGCCCAUGCUGGACUGGGCUCAUGGCGGCUUCCUGCCCAAGGGCAAGGAGGGCCUGAAACCCAAAGAGAAUUCCCCUGAGUGCUGUUUGUUCCCAGCAGCUCCGGAGAGCACGACGCUGCAGGCUAAACUCCUGGAGUCUGCACCACCAGAGCUCGCACCGUCCGCCAAGAGAGCCAGACUCAGCAUGUGCAAGGCCAAAUCAGCCACUGAGGACAUCUACAGCAGAGAACAAAUGGUUCAUGAAGUCUUGAAGAAUCACAGAAGUAUAGAAGAGUUCUGCUUGUCUUGUGGCAAGACACGAGCAGCAACCUUCCACCCGCUGUUUGAAGGAGGCCUUUGUCAAGCAUGCAAGGAUGUAUAUUUAGAGAUCUCCUACAUGUAUGAUGACGACGGCUAUCAGUCGUACUGCACGGUGUGCUGUGGAGGCCGGGAAGUGCUACUCUGUGGCAAUGCCAACUGUUGCAGGUGUUUCUGUGUGGACUGUUUGGACCUGCUGGUGGGUGCAGGAGCAGCGAACAGCGCACGCGAUUUGGACCCGUGGCUGUGUUAUAUGUGUCAGCCGUUGCAGCCGUACGGCGUGCUGAAGAGACGUCAUGACUGGAGCCUUAAACUGCAGGAGUUCUUCGUCAAUGACAACGGACAGGAGUUUGAAAGCCCGAAGAUUUACCCAGCAGUCCCAGCAGAACAGAGACGUCCCAUUAGAGUUCUGUCACUGUUCGAUGGCAUCGCCACAGGUUAUCUGGUGCUAAAGGAUUUGGGUUUUAAGAUUGAUGCCUACAUUGCCUCAGAGGUGUGCGAGGACUCCAUAUCCGUGGGAGUCGUCCGACAUGAAGGAAAAAUCCAAUAUGUGAACGACGUUCGGAAUAUCACCCGGAAAAACAUUGCAGAGUGGGGACCGUUCGACUUGGUGAUUGGUGGAAGCCCGUGUAAUGAUCUGUCUAUCGUCAAUCCAGCGAGGAAGGGCCUUUAUGAAGGGACUGGCCGUCUGUUCUUUGAGUUCUAUCGCCUGCUGAGUGAAGCAAAGCCAAAAGAAGGAGAAGAUCGGCCUUUCUUCUGGAUGUUUGAGAACGUGGUUGCGAUGGGCGUCAAUGACAAACGGGACAUUUCUCGCUUCCUCGAGUGUAAUCCAGUGAUGAUCGAUGCUAUCGAAGUAUCAGCCGCUCACAGGGCACGAUAUUUCUGGGGCAACCUGCCAGGAAUGAAUAGGCCUCUCUGUGCCUCUGGCAUGGAUAAGCUAGAACUACAGGACUGUCUGGAGCAUGGCCGCGUUGCGAAGUUUGGAAAGGUGCGUACCAUCACAACCCGCUCCAACUCCAUCAAGCAGGGUAAAGACCAGCAUUUCCCUGUCAUCAUGAAUGGCAAAGAGGACAUUCUGUGGUGCACAGAGCUUGAGAGGAUUUUCGGGUUCCCUGUCCACUACACGGACGUGUCCAACAUGGGACGUGGUGCCAGACAGAAACUGCUGGGUCGCUCAUGGAGCGUGCCAGUCAUCCGACAUCUCUUUGCCCCUCUGAAGGACUACUUUGCUUGUGAAUAACAGCCUUAAAAAAAAAAAAUCUGCUAACUCUACACACUGGCUUCAUACCUACAGUGACAGAGCCGCGAAUGGCUUCACAAGGCACAGAGGAACUUGUGAAGUUUAGUUAUUUUUGUCUCGUUACGAGAUCCAGCCUCGUCCAGCUGGUGAUGCUGUUGCUUUGAGCCAGCGAGUCUCAUGUAUGGUUUUUAUGAGCCUACUUAAUGUAGGAAAAAGAGACUGUUUUUACUAACCGAUGACCAGACACUUUCAAACUCAUAACACUUGAUUAUCAGGGAUCUUGUUUCACUUAAAGAUGCCUUUUCGACCUUGAUGGAGAGACGUUCUGGUAAAAGCUCUCAUCUGGACAGACAAAGCUGACAUUCUGGAGAAAAGUUGUUUAUGCGGCACUGAUUAUUCUCCAAAAUGUCAGCUGUUUUCAGCAAGCGAGUUGUUUUAAACAAUGAGAGGCAAAAAAAAAAAGAAUCGAGUUAUUCAUGCCAAAGAUCCAAAUACACAGAGCCUUGAGUCUUAAUUUCAAGUCGCAACAUCCUUACAGUUUGGACUUUUCCCCAAAAAGGGGAAAAAAAAUUUAUAACAAUUUUUUGUUGUUUUUUAUCGCUGUUUGUGUAGUCACUGUGGAUCGUGUGACCUUGGGCAAGCAUUUGUAAUGCAUUCCUUGUACUAUAGGUCUUUUUUCUACUCAAAGAAAUACUUGAAAUGUGUGCAUCAAUGCAAAGCUAAGCUGUGAGCCCACGUGAUAUACAGUACAUUUGCAAAGAUCUUCCCGUACAUUUGAGGAUAAAAAAGAAAAUCGUUAAAAGAUCAAGCGUUGUAAAACAAAGCCAAAUGUACAAUUUUUAUAUAAGUAGCUUAUCUGAUAUUUUUUAUUUUAGUUUUUCAAGUAAUAUCAUGAGUAUAAAAAGAUCAUGUCACGUCCAGAGGCUUUGUAAAAAAAAAAAAAAAGGAAAAAGGCAAAACAUGAUAAUUCCAAAUAACACACAGGGUACUGUUUUGUAUGUUUACAUUCCUAAAUAAGGUUUUUAGGGUCUUCACAUAGACCUUCACUGGAACUAUAUCCUUGAAAGCACCUUCCUAAAAGAUGAGGACUGACUUUGAACUAGAAAAAAUAUAUAUAAAUAUAUACCAGAGUUUCUUUAUUGCUGGUUUUAUAUAUAUAUAUAUAUAUAAUAGGGUUCUCUGGGGUUUUUUUGGUGCUCCUUCUUUACACACUCUUUUUUUAGUAUCAUGUUAAAAUAUUUUUGAAUUUUAUGGUGCCUUUGGAAGUACGGUAAAGCCUUGAGCCUUUCCGAUUGCUUUACAACAAAAACAAGUAAUGCCUAACCUCUGGCUACAUGUGCUUCAGAACGACUACUGUUCAGAAAACUAAAGCUUGAAUAUGAUGUCAACCAUUUGGAAACAGUACGCUGAAAUAUCUUUGUUUUUAUUAUCUCGUGUAAGAUGGAAGUUUCUGUUUUUCUGUCACUUAUAAUUUGCAUCACAGAAUGAGAAUUACAAACAUUUAAUAGCCCAUAAUGUAGGUCUGGGUAAAAAAAAAAAAAAAAAAAGAAAGAAAA